AUGGCUGAGGCGGAGGAGUUGAAGCCGUUGAUGCAGUCGAUGCGCACCCGCACACGUGAUGCGGGCCGUCAACAGCCAACGGGAUCCAAUGAUGAGGCCUGGGUUGAUAUCAGAUGCGCUGUGCACAGAGUACGAGUCUGGACAGAAGUCGACGGAAAAAGAAGGCUGCAGAUGCUGGGUGUUAUCAUAGUUAACUCCGUAGAGCCGGUUCCGUGGGAUAUGACGGGCAGUGCGACCUCAGACGAUCAUCAUUUCUACGCGGUGCAGCCAACGGGCCUGCCUCUCGUUCAGGCCGUAUCUUGUCUAUCCUACUCACGCUGA